GCGGUGACCUGCCUGGCCGGGCCGCUGUCCUCCCGGAGCCCCACUUGGCCGAAGCGGCUCUCCGCCGGCGCCUGGUCGGCGGCCUGGCUCCGCUCCGUGCGCAUCGGGCCCGGCCCAGGGUACUUCGGAGUUGGCACGCCCUGGCGUCCAAAGAAUCUGCACCGAGCCUGGGAUAUCAUGGACCACGUGCAGCUGAGACACCCGCAGGUGCAAUGUUCUUCGAACCGCCACAGCCUGGGAGCCACCAGCAGCCUCCAGGAGUGCGCGGACAACUGCUUUUGGAUGAACUGCCGUUUCUUCGAGUUCAAGCGCCAGACUCGGAGCUGUGUCUGGUGCCACGGCCUCAACGCGGACGGCUCCGAUGUGAUUGGAACCUCUGGCAGCAGGCGGCGAAUCUUCCACGGCACCAGCCAGGGAGGAGUCUACAGCCUUGACACCACGAUCGAAAAGUACCUCACAGAUGUGAAGCAAG